UUAAGAUAAGACCAUUAUUACGUAUUACAUUACGUAUUACGCUUCCACAAUCAAAGUGAAAUAUAAUAUUACAUAUUAUAAUAUUACAUAUUAUUAAGAUAAGACCAUUAUUACGUAUUACAUUACGUAUUACGCUUCCACAAUCAAAGUGAAAUAUAAUAUUACAUAUUAUUAAGAUAAGACCAUUAUUACGUAUUACAUUACGUAUUACGCUUCCACAAUCAAAGCGAAAUAUAAUUUUACAUUCUUUUUACUUUAUGCCUGUUGGUAUUCCAAAAGUUCCUUUUCAAGUUCCGGGAGAUAACGAUGCAAGCUGGGUUGACAUAUACAACCGAAUUUAUCGAGAAAGAUUGCUUUUUUUGGGCAAAGAGCUUGAUAUCCAGACCUCGAAUCAACUUGCGGGUAUUAUGAUCUAUCUCAGUAUAGAGAGUAAUAGCCGAGACCUGUUUUUUUUUAUAAACUCUCCUGGCGGAGGGAUAGUAUCUGGAUUAUCUCUUUUUGAUACUAUGCAAGCAGUGGAACCAGAUGUGCAUACACUAGCCAUGGGAUUGACCGCUUCAAUCGCAGCUUUUCUCUUGGUCGGAGGAGAAAUUACCAAACGCAGAGCAUUCCCUCACGCUCGGGUAAUGAUCCAUCAACCUAUUAGUAUGCUUAAGGAUGAUGGCUUCAAAGACUGGGUCAUGGAAACAGACGAAGUAAUGAAAAUGCAAGAAGACAUCAUAGAGGCUUAUGUACAAAGAACGGGCCAGCCCCGAUGGGUUAUAAACAAAGACAUGGAAAGAGAUAAUUUUAUGUCAGCAAAAGAAGCCAAAGAUCAUGGAAUUGUGGAUCAUAUAGUGCGUACAGAAUCGAGACCUAUAGUGAAUGAAAAACCUAUAGUGAAUGAAAAACCUAUAGUGAAUGAAAAACCUAUAGUGAAUGAAAAACCUAUAGUGAAUAACAAACCUAUAGUGAA